CAGGCCUCAGAGGAAUUCAGGAAAGUCCUUGUAUUCUCACUAACAAUACUAAGUAUUGUGGUUCAUAUUCUAAGAUGCAUUAAUUGAGAACAAAAUAAAUGCUAAAUACCAGAGGGCUUGGAUCCCAGCUGAAGGACAGUGUUCCAGUUCCUGAUUUUUCAGUGAGUGGGGCAUAUGAAAGCCAUGGUUUGAUACAUAGAGGUUUUGGAAAUGUGAAGAGUGAACUUUUUCCUGUUCAUCCUUUGGAACUAUCAGAGAAAAAUUUUCCAUUAAACCAAGAUAAGAUAAAUUUUUCUACCCUGAGAAACAUUCAAGGACUACAUGCACCACUGAAAUUGCAGAUGGAAUUCAAAGCAGUGAAACAGGUCCAGCGUCUUCCUUUUCUGCAUAGCUCUAACCUGUCACUGGAUAUCUUGAAAGGAAACUCUGACUGCAUUGGUUUUGAAGAUAUUCUGAAUGACCCAGCACAAAGUGAAGUAAUGGGAGAUCCUCAUCUAAUGGUUGAACACAAACUUGGUUUAUUAUAAUAUCCAACUUUCUGUUUCUAAUAAUGUUACUUGGCCGUGUAUUCAAGUAAACAUAUUAAAUGGCAGUCAUGCUUGUUUUGAUAAA